AGCUCGAGAUCGGCCCUUACAUAUAUAAUACUCCCCUACUAGGGUUUUAUUUCGUCCGGACGAAGGAAGUUAGCGAGGGAGCCGCCAUUUUCGAGCAGCUGAGCAGCAGCGAUGGCGAGGAUCAAGGUUCAUGAGCUGAGGCAGAAGUCGAAGGCCGAUCUGUUGAGCCAGUUGAAGGACCUCAAGGCGGAGCUCGCCCUCCUCCGCGUCGCCAAGGUCACCGGCGGCGCUCCUAACAAGCUCUCCAAAAUUAAGGUGGUGAGGUUGUCGAUCGCCCAGGUGUUGACUGUGAUCUCGCAGAAGCAGAAGGCUGCAUUGAGGGAAGCUUACAAGAAUAAGAAGUUCUUGCCGCUCGACCUGCGUCCCAAGAAGACCCGGGCCAUCCGAAGAAGGCUCACCAAGCACCAGGCCUCGAUGAAGACGGAGAAGGAGAAGAAGAAGGAGAUGUACUUCCCCAUGAGGAAAUAUGCUAUCAAGGUGUAGGUUUUGAUUGUUUAGAGUAAGCCAAUUUUGUGACUAAUUUCAUAUUUCAGUGGUGGUUCCUCUAUGUUUUGACUCUUCUAAUUUCAGUUUCAUGGAUCUAAUACUAUUGUUUCUUCAAACACGUUACUAUCUCCUCAAACGAAGUUGUUACUCGGGUUGAUCAUACUGAGGUUUUUGAAAACAUGACUAUUAAUGAGGAACUCAGGAAUACCUUCA